UGGACGUAACAUCAAUAAAAAAAGAGAAAGAUUUGAGUAAGACAAGGGAAUGGUUUUAACUGAAAUUAGAAAUCAGGCCAUUGUUUUAUUAACAUGGUCUCUCACAUGCAACUUUACUACUUGAAUAACUAUUAGAAAUGAUAUCAGAAGUUAUUAAGAUUAAGGUUAGGGUUAGAGGAGGGAGUUAGUGUUUGUAUUUGCACUUGUCUUUGCUUGUUUGAAUUCGUGUGAAUAGUUUAUGAGAGCAGGUUCUUUUGUUUUCAUUCAGUCAGUCAUCUUCAUUUAUGACUUUACCAUGGUCAGGUGUGUGGAAGAUCCUGAGACUAUCCUGGGAAUACUGGGUGUGAUGUGGGAACAUCGCAGGACGUUUAGACUUGCCAGUGAUUUGGGGACGUGGGAGGAAACCAGAGUUAAUGAAUUAUUUUAAGUGUUAACUAAUAAAUGGGUUCUUCUCAAGCACGGUACACAGUAGAUUGUACCUUUCUCAGGGCCUUUGCGACUGCGACACCAUUAUUUGGACACUUUAUUUGUGUUGUAAUGAGUUUGUUGUAUUUGCUGGGAUUUGAUAUUUGCUGAAAUCCAUUAGCUUAUUAUUCAGUGGCUGAGGAAUGCUUUCCCUACAUACACAGACUAAACCUCAUUUGUGUGACCGAAGAAAUGGUUAUUUGGAAUUAAACGUCUCUUUCAUCACCCAGCCCUCAAAAUCCAACACACACACACACACACACACACGCACGUAGACAGCUCAUGAUCGCUCUUGAGGUGGCUUACCAGAGCCAGUAAUCUAGGGGGCAGUGACAUCACUCAUCUCAAAUUGUGUGUAUCUGAGGAUUAAGAAGGUCACGGGGAGGAGGAGUGUGCAGUUGUGUGACCUGUUACGCAGUUUUAGUGCAGGACCAUUUCCAACAUUUCGACACACACACACACACACACACACACACACACACGGGUGUUUUUGUACUCACACACUCGUUGAGCAGACGCCUACAUGAUGGAAGGCAUGGCAGCAGCAGCAAUGGCAGAAGCACACAUGGAGGAACUGGUGGAGCAAUCUGAAGCAGCUGAAGAUAGAGAAGCUCAGCUGAGAGAACUCUACCAUGACGGUCCUCUCUUUGCACCUGAAGUAGACUUCAUAGUAGACGAGCACAGCUCAGCGCACAGUAACAUGGAGGUGACAGACAGGCUCAUGUACCUGGAGCAGCGCCUCCAGAUGCAGGAGGAUGAAGUGCAGCUGCUGAAGAUAGCUCUGGCUGAUGUGCUCAAGAGACUCAACAUUUCAGAGGCACAAACUGCUGCUCUCACCAAGAGAGGGCCUGUUAAAGCAUCAAGGCCUGUGUCUUUAUCCCUGCCACCCAGAACAACCAGCAAUACCUCCAGCUCCCUGAAGAAGAGCUCUGGCUCCACACUACCCUCUUCCACAUCCUCUAAGAAGUACAACCCUUUGCCAGCCAGCAAAAGAAGUCCAGCAAGCAGCACAAAAGACAGUUCGAGUGUUCCCGCAAGCCGACGCACUGCUCUGACAGCCAGCACCACCACAACCCCCUCAGCAAACCGAAGGAGACCAUUGCAAGUGUUGUAGCGACCCACCAUGUUACCCACUGCAAAGGUAGGCCUCAUGCCACUCUUACCCUUAUCAUAUUCAUAUAUCUCAUUUAUCAGUGAGAGUGACAGAUAUCACAGUAAGAACAUCUUGGAAACUUGGGAUAACUAUUCUUAUGAGUCUUUGUUGUUACUUUAUUUUAUAUCCCUUUUUCUAAACCUUCCUCUAUUUUUCACUGCACUUCCACCCCUUUCUGGUUUCUGAUCCCCACCAUCAUGCACCCUUCACUUAGUGACUAUGCAGAUCUAUCUGAGCCACCCAGCAAAAAAGACUGGAACUUCUGAGAAUGCAGUUGCUGCAGCCGUGCAGCUGAAUGUGUGCCCAUCUGCCAGUGGUCCAUGUCCAGAUAAAGCAGCCUCAGACAAGAGGAAAGUAGGAACUGGGAAGAAGCCUCCUUGCACACUAUCCCUGCACAGGAGCACAUGUCAGAGCCCCUUUUCCCCUGCUGAAACCCCCAUCUACAAGAGUCCCAUCAAGUCCCCUAGCCAGUAUUUCCAGAUCUGUUACUAAACACACAGUAUAGUAGAACCUGGACAAUUG